ACACGAUGCAAAAUAACCCGCCAAGCCUCCAACCGAUCGGUCAAGAAGCCGCUGAGAUCCAAAACAAGUUACAACUCCAUGCACCGAGGCGUUUUUUACAGCUGAUGCCCCGUACUACGGAAGUUAACGCGCGCUAGAACGAGUAACUCGAAGCCUAGAGCGCUCUAGGCCAGGGUUUCUACAUCUCGACAUCAGUAUUGGCCCACAAAAAUCGCUUCGACGAUGAGCUGAACAAUCGGACUAACCGAUCUUGGUAGUUCAGCUCCAUUCAUGAUGCAUUGUUCGCUGGUUCCCUCUCGAUAUGUUGCAUCAACAUCACUUCUGCAAACCCCCAGACAUAGACAAUGAGACGAGAUAAAUCUCUUCCUAGGGGCCAGUCCCUCUUCCAGCUCACUCGUCCUUCCAUCUCCUUCAUCCCAAUCUGUUGAGCAUAUCCCUCUGCAUCAUGGGCUUCUUUGACUCAAUCGCCAACGCCUUCUCCCGCGAUGGCAUCGCCACCCGCAUCCUCGAAAAGGUGCCCGUCGUCGGCUACGGCGUCGCUGGAGUUCAAGCCCUAGCCGGCAACACAGAACAUGCCAAACGAGCCCUUGCCACCAGCACCAACAGUCUAAUCACCACGGCCGGUGCCGUCGGUGGUAUGGUUGUCGGUGGACCAGCUGGUGCCAUCGCAGGUGGUGCAGCAGCAUCCACCAUCGGCUUGGGCACUGAGUACGCCAUCAGCACCACCAUCAACGACAAGGAUGUAAAGGGCGAUGUUGGGGAGGUCACCGUGCAGAGAGUUGUGACCGACAUGGCCAUCGGUGGUGUUUCUGGCUUGAUUGGAGGCGGAGCUGGUGCCACUGCUGCAGGCAAGGCAGCAGGUAAAGCCGCGAUUGAGGCCACGGCGUCGACGUUGGCCAAGACUGGUUUUGAGGGUGCUGCCAAGGUCAUCAUCACCAAUGUUGGAAAGAGUGCGGCGGGAGCUGUCACAACCGGUAGUUUGGCAUCGCUUGUUCAGGGUGCUAGCAAAAACGUCUUCAACAACACCCCCAACGUCAAGGAACCCGAGCCCAAGCCACCCAAAGUGAGAAAGGUGACGCAGAACCAAGACGCCAGGGCCAAGGAUUUGAUCCAGGACCUCAAGGCCUUUGUCCUCCAGUACCCUCUCUACUGGCUCAACGACGCCUACGCGCAAGUCCAUCUCUACUGGGAUCCCGUUGUCAUUGCCGGCUUGCCUUGGGACCCAGCGAAUCAAGCUGUGCAGGGACAGUAUCAGGCCUUUCAGCAGAAGAAGACAGGGAACCCAGCGUUGAACGAGAAGCCGUUAAGUCAAAAGAUCUAUGAGGAGCUCAAGCAGAUUGUUGAUGACCACAACAAUGGAGUACAGCUUGGGGGGAACAAGCAGAAGAUUCUGGACAUGAUUAUCAAGAAGGAGCCUGGGGGAUUUAAUGCAGUUUGGGGUGAGGUUGAGUCGGAGAUGAAUCUGAGGAAUCUGAGGCUGCAGAGCUUCAGCGAGCUGAUGAUUUUGGAGGUUGAGUUUAUGGAUUAAGUGUGGAACGAACGGAUGAAUUUGCCGGGCGGGCGAGUUUCAAGGUUUGGGAUUGUGUUGGCAUAUCGUAAUAUGUAUGAUAGAAGCAGAUGGAAGAAGGCCGUGGUGCGGUGACUUGCUCGGAAACUGUUGAUUAUACGUCCUUUGGGUGUCAAUAUCCAACUGCAAAUAAACAAGAGAAUUAGACUUUCUGGCUCAA